GUGUGUGUGUAGAGUCUACCUGGCUCGACUCGAUCCGUUUCCGUCAGUUGGUCCCUGUCUACCUGGCGGAUCGGACGGUUGUGUCGCUCCUCCACCACCAACACAUUUCCAAGUUUUACCAAUUUUUUUUCGAUUUCGCUCUGGUCUCUUUUUCAUUAAAUUCCGUUUCUCUUUCUUCAGUUCAGUUGGACAAAGACAAGCAUUUUUUGAAAAAUUCAUUCGACGUUGUGCGAUCUCAUUUGAAUUCUUCCUGGUUAAAAACAAUCGUGUGUCUCUCCGUUUUGUUCAGUUAAAAACCUGCGAGUGACUGGGAAUCAACCCAACAACAACAACAACAACUCUAGUGAUUAUACAGUGUGUGUGCGUCUAUCGUUGGCCGCGAGUGACUGAAACGCACGCACAAGUAGUAUUACCGGUAUUACGAAAUCGUACACACAAUCGAAGGCGCAGUUGUGUUUCCAAGGAUAUUAUUAUUAUUGUGACCGUCUCGCCAGGAAACGUGCCCUUUUACCUCGACUUGUUUUUAUUACAUUAUCCACACGGGAAACAAAAACACGAAAUAAAAGCGGCGAAUUAUUGCGGGAAGCGCAACAGGCCCACCAAUUUUGUCCGCCAUCAGUUAUUGGAUAUGUUAAUCGGCAGGUGAAAUUGCCUGGCCUCGUCCGUCCGAGAGACUAGCAGCCAAAGCGAGUCGUGAAAAAAUACCUUUGCCGAGAUUAGCGCGAGAAAAAAACCGGUCCGUCGGUCGGUUGCAAAACCACACGGUACUUAUCGCCCGUUGGUGAUCUCUACAACCGACACACGAUGGACCUAGCCGGGGCGUUGCGAAUGGACGACCUGUCCAAAACAGAUUUGUUCGAUUUUGUCUGUCCCGACACGCCGGCUGCCUUCCGCCUGAGGGAUUUAGGCUUACAUCUUUUCCCCGUCGAAGAAGAUUCCUCAUCAGUCGGUCCGGCGGCUGGACACCAUCAGCAUCAACAGAGUGGCAGUGCCAGCGGGACCGGAGACGGUGGUAAGCAGCAACUGGGCAACCACCUUCAUCACCACCACCAUCACCACCUCCAUCAGCAGCAGCAGCAACAACAUAAUCAUUCCGGCGGAAUGCAUUUCGAGUGGUUAGCCGGAACGCCCAGCCCGGACGAAGGGUUCGGCAGCAGCGCCAACAGUGUGGAAGGCAACAGUAGUAGUGGCAGCAGUAGCACCAGUGGUGGCCGCACUGACGACGUCUUUUGUGACGAUUUGGAUAACAGCGGCUGGACCAAAACGGGUGGCAACAACAACAACAACAACAGCGGAGGAAAUUCCAACGGCCAGGACUACCAGCACCAGCCUCAUUGCGCUUCAUCCAUGGAGGCGGAUUCCACGGUCGAGCCCAAGCACCAACAACAUCACCACCACCACCACCAAGAAUUGCAGCAACAACAACAGGAGCAGACGAGCAACUACUUGUCGUGGGAACAGGAGCACAACAGCAAAGGCCAAUCGUCCAACGUCAACGUGGAGCCGAUGGACUUGGACGCCCUGUUGCAGAUUGUGGGUUUGCCCAGCUCGGGUGACGGCAUGUCGUCUGGGCAGCACAUUCACACUGGCAGUUUCCUCUUUGGCCCGCACGACACGCUCAGCAGCGACCACUACGGCUCCCCGGACCAGUACGGCGACUCUCCCAUGGUCGUCAAGGCCAGCGCCGUUCUGCAAGACGAGAGCGAAGGCAAUUCCAGCGGCCAGCUCUUUCGCAACGAUCCCUUUCUAACCGCCACCGACGUCAAAUUCACGCUGGAAUUCGCCACCAUGCCCACGCUGGCCACGCUAUCGCCUCUGCCGCCUGUCUCGACGCUCAAGCCCAUCGGUGGCGGCGGCACCAACAACUUUGGCGGCGGCGGUGGUUCCGACUCGCUUUUGCGCAGCGCCCUCCAGGGCAAACAAGUGGCGACGGCCGGCGGCGUACCGGUUUCGGCAACGGCCACCACCACCCCGUUAUCGCCCAGUUAUCAAACCAGCAAGCCGUCGGCCCAUCCGGAACUGCGCAAAGCACUUUCGACGCCCGUCCACAGCUUCAAAUCCGUCAAGGUGGGCAACAGCAUGGAGAAUUCGGUGUCUGUCCAUUCGGCCGAUCCGGCGACUCCUCCGCUGACUCCGCUCAGCAGCGCCUUGUCAUCCAGCAAUCACACCUACGGCGAUUGUUCCAGCCCACAGCAGCAACAGCAGCGACACCAUUGCUUGCUGGACAGCAACGCGGCUUCCAGCCCCAUGAGUGACAUUAGUUCGAGAACUUCACCGGUCCGGUCUGGUGGCAACGUCAUGUACGACAAUCGGCACGACGUUGGAGGUUCCACCACCACCACCUUGAAGGAAUCUGGAAAUGGCAAUACCAUCAUGUCGAUAGGCAACAUCUUCUCGGGCGACUACCAGUACGAGGGACCAGACGGGCGGACGGGCAGCAGCAGCAACGGCGGUGGCCAUCCGGUGGGCGAGGAGAAUUGCCUGACGACCAUCGAGGACCUUUUGAUGUGCAACAUUGAGGAUUUGGACAAGAUCAAGACCUUCGAAAAAGAGGUGGUUGAAUCUUUGAAGCAGCAGCAGCAGCACAUGUGCACGACGGGGGCCACACCCAACGGUGAUUUUGCGUCAUCGACGGGAGCGUCCUCGACGGGAGUUCCGUCGACCCUGGCCGGAAAUUCGCCAACGGCGACGACAAGGCCACCAACCGGUAGUGGCGUUGCCCAACCCGUUGCCAAGACCCGCAAAAAGCGCGGGUCCAAGAAGAAGAAAUUGACGGAAUUGGCGGCCCAGCUGGCCAACGACGACGACUCGAGUCGAUUGCUGGAACCUGGUGAAGCGGUCGGAGUAGAGACGGGUACCCGGCGGGAGCGGCUGCUUCACUAUUGCAGCAUUUGCACCAAGGGCUUCAAAGAUAAGUACUCGGUCAAUGUGCACAUACGAACGCACACGGGAGAGAAACCCUUUUCCUGUCCAUUGUGCGGCAAGAAUUUCCGCCAAAAGGCUCACCUGGCCAAACACCAGCAGACGCACACCAAAAUGUCGGCAGGCGUCACCAAGAGCAAACGGUGAGGAGGAGCCCCGCCGCCGGGAGAAUUCAUAAAACAAAUGAUGAUGAAGCCCACCUUUUUUCUCUCAAUCCCUCAUCGUGAUUGGCAAUCAUGUGACUCUCACUCUCUUUUCGACUUGCACUGCCUGCAUCAAGCAAUAACAUUAAUGAUGAUUGAUCGAAUAACCUUGAUUUUGUUUUAUAAAGCGAAGGAAUUACAACAACAGAAUGGAACUUAAAAAGAUAAACAGCAAAAUUUAAAAAAAUGGAAAAAAAAAAUUAAAUGAAGGGGUGAUUUGGUACUUUUAAUGUUUAAUGCUGUUUUGUGACAUCAAUCAUCGAAACAUCUCUUUUCGACUGUGAUCCGUAGGCGACAAAUGAAGAUGAUUUUCAACGUUCUGGUAUAACCUUCCUAUGUGAAAUGUGUGUUCUAAUAACCUUUGAAACUUGGAAUUUUGAAUCGUUUUUUUUUUAAUGGAAAUAAUUUUUUCGCUAAUAUUUCUUUUAAUUGAGAAAAAAAAUCAUUGAUGAACUUUUCGACAAAUUUGUAAGCGAUGAAAUCGUGUUUUUUUUGUGCGUCUUCUCUCCAAAUUCUACGUGUCCAAUUCAGUGCGUGUUCACUCCAACAUUUUGUCUGUCCAAUUUUUAAAAGUCUUCGUCCAUCUAGAUUAUUCAAAACGAGACACAAAACCGAAAAAAAUUUAAUAUAGAUACAAAAAUAUUAUAUAUAAUGAAAUGAUGUUUUUUUCCAGACAUUUUGCGAUUUUUCACUUUCAUUUUGGGGAAGAAAACAUCCGAGGGCGACAUUGGCUUUCUUAUUCUUUACCCAGUAUGUGUGAUUGAUCCUUCUAUCCAUUUUUGGAAUUUUAUUGUCGAAUUAUUCAUGUAAAACCCUUGUAGUUACGAAUGUUUCAUGUACUUUAUAUACUUAACAAUAACGAAAAAAAAAAAUAAGAAAAUUGGCGUUGACCAAACAGCCCCGCCCGAAUCACGAAUGGUAACAGACUACAAACUUAAAAAAACAUUUAAAUGAGAAGGACCUGCCCCAUGUUUUUUCGUACUGUUUUAACAUGGUUACCCCUCCCCCCCUACUGUGUAUCAAUACUCAAGCUUUUUGCUAAGGCUUCGUUUCGUUGGGUGCAUAGCGUGUAUCGACUCAAAUGUCCAUCCUAGAACUAGUCAUUCCUAGGUUGUUGUUUUUCAAUUUUUUUUUUUUCAAAUUCAGUUUUCAGCAGAUUUUCAAAUUAUCUCUAAAAUCUCCCAUCUAUCCCGGAAAUACUGUCCUUUUAUUUCUCUCCACAUAAAUACACUCUAUUUUUAACUGA